AUGCCUGUCAAGAUUACCAACCAUCUGCCAUCCAAACGGGACCAAUACUCUUCAGUGCCAUUAUGUCAACACUUGGAGUUAUUUCUGGACUGGAACAUGAACGACCCCGACAACCGAAAAGGCUCAUGGAUUCUCAACAUUGAAAAAUACGAGGACCCCUCACCUUGGGCAGAGCAUCAACAUUGCGCUGGCGUAGAUGUUACUAAGAUGGCUGAUGCCUUGGCGAUGAGGAUAAUCAAGAAAUUCACUCGGCUAGACAAUGAGCGAGUGAGCCGAGACUUCGACCGCGGGAUAGCGUGUCGACGACCUCCGGCGAAGCAACGCUUGACCCGAGAGCUAUGCAACAUGUACUCUCAGACCCACCGUGGCAAGGAGAGCAAGUUUGUCGAUGAGAAAGAAGCGCUUCGCGAGAGUAUCAAUGCGGCUGAGCGGCGCAGAGAGCUGGCUGGGGAAGCGCUGCUGCGAACUCAGAAGUCAGGCCAAAGCAGCGGCACGGCAAAGCCUGUUGACAUCGAUGUAUCAGAAGGUCGCAACAAGUCAUCUUCAGCUUCAGUCUCAGGCUCGUCUCCUUCUAUCAAGAAGCGUAAGACCCCGAAGCAGAUUGCAGAGGAGAAGGUAGCUCGGAACCGGAAGCGCAAGGGGUUGAGCGAGAUUGCUAGGAUUCGCGCUGAGCCUGUCGACCGUUUCAAACCGACCACGGUAGAUGAACGAGAUGCCCGAGUGACUGGUGUUGCUCAGCAGGUUCGACAUGGACGCGCACAGCUCGUAGUUCAGAAGCGGAAGUUGAGUGAAACGGAGGAUGAUACACCGUCUCAUGUCUUGCCUUCUUCACGACUGAUUAAGAAGGCAAAGAAGAACAGCGUUACGAAAGAAGUUGUAUAG